AUGGCCAUCUGUGGGGUCAGAGAUAAAAGAUCCAUAGAGGUCAUCUGUGGCCUGGAGACUCCAGGACUGAGCAGUGAUUCACCCCAAGAAAAUAGAUGCGGAAAAACAUAUUUGCUGUUGUUUUUGCUCAUCUACAUCAUCUCCAUGGUGGCAAGUGUGCUCAUCCAUAUCACCAUCAGUCAGCCCCCUAACAGAACCCCCAUGUACUUUUUCCUAGCCCAUCUCUCCUUUAUUGAUGUCUGCUACUCCUCAGUCAAUACCCCAAAGUUCAUUAGAGAUUCACUGCAUGAAAAGAAUACGAGCCUGUUCAAUGCGUGUAUGACUCAAGUCUUUGCAGACUAUUUCAUUGGCAGUAUGGAGGUCAUCCUGCUGACUGUCAUGGCCUAUGACCGCUAUGUGGCCAUCUGCAAGCCCUUGCCCUGUGCAACCAUCAUGAACUGGAGAGUGUACGGCCUGCUGGUGGAACUGUCCUGUGGGGGCCUUCUUCAUGGAACCAUACAGAUCCUUUUCAUCUUACCACUCCCUUUCUGGGGUUCAAAUAUCAUGGAUCACUUUAUGUGUGAUCUGAACCCUCUGCUGAGGCUGGCCUGCACUGAUACCCACAUUCUGGGGUUCUUCAUAGCUGCCAACAGUGGCUUCAUCUGUCUGUUAAAUUUCCUGCUUCUCAUGGACUCCUACAUGGUCAUUCUCUUCUCCAUCAAGGCCCACAGUGUGGAAGGCAAGCAGAAAGCCCUCUCCACCUGUGCUUCCCACAUCACAGUGAUUGUCUUGUUCUGUGUGCUGUCCAUAUUUGUGUAUCUAAGAUCUGCAACGACUCUACCCACUGACAAAGCAGCCGCCAUUUUCUACACCAUGAUAACUCCCAUGCUAAAUCCUCUGAUCUACACUUUGAGAAAUGCUCAGAUGAAAAAUGCUCGCAGGAAUUUUUUGGGGAGGAAAAUUCUUCCAGGGCACACUGCGCGGGUUUCUGACCCUUCCACACCGUACCGGGAGUGCACGCAGCGCGGAUUUCUGACUGCUCUGCGCCGGGCCGCAAGUGCACGCCGCGCGGGUUUCCGACGGUUCCGCACUGAGCCGGGGCUGCACGCAGCGCGGAUUUCUGACCCCUCCACGCCGUACAGGGAGUGCACGCAUCGCGGAUUUCUGACUGCUCCGCGCCGGGCCGCGAGUGCACGCCGCACGGGUUUCCGACGGUUCUGCACUGAGCCGGGGCUGCACGCAGCGCAGAUUUCUGACCCCUCCACGCCGUACAGGGAGUACACGCAGCGCGGAUUUCUGACUGCUCCGCGCCGGGCCGCGAGUGCACGCCGCGCGGGUUUCCGAUGGUUCCGCACUGAGCCGGGAGUGCACGCAGCGCGGAUUCCUGACCGUUCCACCCUGUACCGGGAAUGCACGCAGCGUGGAUUUCUGACCACUCCGCACUGUACCAGGCGCUGCGCGGAUUUCUGA